UUUGUACCGACCAUAGUAGCUCUACUCUGCCUCCUCAAUCAUCUCCGAAUUCCCUAUUUACCCUUGGCUUCUCCCGAAAUCCCCACCAUAUCCCCGCCGGGGGCCAACACUGCAACCUCAGAAGUCUUCAUACAGUUUCUCUCUCUACCUUUCUCUCUGCCUCUCUCCCUCCUCCCCUUUCUCUUUCUCUCUCUUAAUUACAUUUAUUUCUUCGUGAUUUGUCGAUCAGGCGGCUGUUUAACAUCUACCGCCAUGACGAUGAUGACUCCUCCGCCGUUGGAUCAUCAAGAAGAUGAAGAAAUGCUGGUGCCGCACUCGGAUAUAGUUGAAGGGCCUCAGCCAUUAAUUGAAGGGCCUCAGCCAAUGGAAGUGGUGCCUUCAGAAAAUGCUGGAACUGUGGAAAACCAGGUGAAUGACGAACCACAACCAUCCGGUUUCACAUGGACAAUUGAGAACUUCUCCAGAUCGAAUAAGAAGCUUUAUUCUGAGGUCUUCGUUGUUGGGGGAUAUAAAUGGCGUGUGCUUAUUUUUCCGAAAGGAAAUAACGGGGACUACUUAUCGAUGUAUUUAGAUGUGGCUGAUUCAGCUACAUUGCCAUAUGGGUGGAAUAGAUGUGCACAGUUUAGCUUGGCUGUAGUUAAUCAAAUGUACGACAAAUUUACAGUAAACAAAGAGACACAUCACCAAUUCAAUCAAAGGGAGAGUGAUUGGGGUUUCACAAAUUUCAUGCCUCUUAGUGACCUUUAUGAUCCCAACAAGGGGUACCUCGUCAACGAUAAGUGUGUUAUUCGAGCUGAUGUAGUUGUACCUAAAGUGAUUGAUUAUUGGACAUAUGACUCAAAGAAGGAAACGGGCUUUGUUGGACUUAAGAAUCAGGGAGCAACUUGCUACAUGAAUUCUCUGCUCCAAACCUUAUACCACAUUCCUUAUUUCAGAAAGGCUGUAUAUCAUAUGCCGACAACAGAAAGUGAUAACCCCACUGGAAGCAUCCCUUUGGCGUUACAGAGUUUAUUUUAUAAGCUCCAAUAUCAUGAAACUAGUGUUGCUACAAAAGAAUUGACUAAAUCAUUUGGAUGGGACACAUAUGAUUCUUUUAUGCAACACGAUGUGCAAGAACUUAACAGAGUUUUAUGCGAAAAGCUUGAAGACAAAAUGAAGGGUACUGUCGUAGAAGGGACUAUACAGAAAUUGUUUGAAGGGCACCAUAUGAAUUACAUAGAGUGCAUCAAUGUUGACUUCAAGUCAACAAGAAAAGAAUCUUUUUAUGACCUUCAGCUUGAUGUAAAAGGUUGCAAGGAUGUUUAUUCAUCCUUUGACAAGUAUGUGGAUGUUGAACGUCUUGAAGGAGAUAACAAAUACCAUGCUGAAGAGCAUGGUUUGCAGGAUGCGAAGAAGGGUGUCUUGUUCAUGGACUUUCCUCCAGUUCUUCAGCUUCAGUUGAAGCGUUUUGAGUACGAUUUUAUGAGGGAUACAAUGGUUAAGAUAAAUGACCGGUAUGAAUUUCCAUUGGAACUUGAUCUAGACAGAGACAACGGAAAGUAUUUGUCGCCAGAAGCAGAUAGAAGCAUACGAAACCUCUAUAUGCUUCAUAGUGUUUUGGUGCAUAGUGGUGGGGUGCAUGGUGGGCAUUAUUAUGCUUUUAUCAGGCCAACACUUUCUGAUCAGUGGUACAAAUUUGAUGAUGAGAGGGUCACCAAAGAAGAUGUGAAGAGAGCAUUGGAGGAGCAGUAUGGUGGUGAAGAAGAGGUGUUACCACAAACUAAUCCAGGCUACAAUAAUACUCCUUUCAAAUUUACGAAGUACUCAAAUGCUUACAUGCUUGUAUAUAUAAGAGUGGGUGACAAAGAUAAGAUAAUAUGUGAUGUGGAUGAGAAGGAUAUAGCAGAGCAUCUAAGGAUAAGACUGAAAAAGGAACAAGAAGAGAAAGAAGACAAGAGAAGAUACAAAGCACAGGCCCACCUUUACACUAUUAUCAAGGUUGCCCGAGAUGAUGAUCUGAAGGAGCAGAUUGGAAAAGACAUAUAUUUUGAUCUUGUAGAUCAUGAUAAAGUUCGUAGCUUUCGAAUCCAGAAGCAGAUGCCUUUUAACCAAUUCAAGGAAGAAGUCGCUAAAGAAUUUGGUAUACCGAUUCAAUUUCAACGCUUCUGGAUAUGGGCAAAAAGACAGAACCAUACUUACCGUCCGAACCGUCCUUUGACACCCCAGGAGGAAGCCCAAACUGUUGGAGCAUUGAGGGAAGUUUCCAAUAAGGCCCAUAAUGCAGAACUGAAGUUGUUUCUGGAAGUAGUGCUUGGAUUGGAUUCACUUCCUGUUCCUCUACCAGCAAAAAAUAAGGACGACUUACUGCUAUUCUUUAAGCUUUAUGAUCCUGAGAAACAAGAGCUCAGAUAUGUGGGGAGGCUCUUUGUGAAGAGUUCAGGAAGGCCUAUUGAGAUCCUAGAGAAGUUAAAUGAAAUGGCUGGAUUUCCUCUGGAUGAAGAGAUUGAAUUAUUUGAGGAAAUAAAAUUUGAGCCAUCUGUUAUGUGUGAACGCCUUGAUAAAAGAGCUUCAUUCCGGCUUAGUCAGAUCGAAGAUGGGGACAUAGUUUGCUUCCAGAAACGCCCUCCAACUGAUCGUGAACAGGAACUUCGCUUUCCCGAUGUUCCUUCAUUCUUGGAGUACGUGAAAAAUCGCCAGAUUGUGCACUUUAGAGCCUUGGAGAAACCCAAGGAAGAUGAGUUUUGUCUGGAAUUAUCAAAGAGUCAUACUUAUGAUGAUGUUGUUGAAAGAGUUGCCCAGCGCCUUGGCUUGGACGAUCCAUCUAAAAUUCGGCUCACUCCCCACAAUUGUUAUUCGCAGCAACCAAAGCCGAAUCCCAUUAAAUAUAGAUCGGUUGAUCAUUUGAUAGACAUGCUUGUUCAUUACAAUCAGAUUUCCGACAUUUUGUACUAUGAAGUGUUGGACAUUCCCCUGCCAGAACUGCAGUGUCUGAAAACUCUCAAAGUUGCUUUCCAUCAUGCAACCAAGGAUGAGGCUGUAAUUCUCAAUAUUCGAUUGCCAAAGCAAAGCACUGUUGGAGAUGUUCUCAAUGAGAUCAAAACAAAGGUAGAACUGUCUCAUCCGAAUGCUGAGCUUAGACUGCUUGAAGUUUUCUAUCACAAGAUAUACAAGAUUUUCCCCAUCAAUGAGAAGAUUGAGAACAUAAAUGACCAGUACUGGACUUUGCGUGCUGAGGAGAUUCCAGAAGAAGAAAAGAAUCUUGGGCCGAAUGAUCGGUUGAUUCAUGUCUACCAUUUCACUAAGGAGGUUGCGCAAAAUCAAGUGCAAGUCCAAAAUUUUGGGGAGCCAUUCUUUUUGGUCAUCCACGAAGGUGAGACAUUAGCUGACGUUAAAGAACGCAUUCAAAAGAAGCUGCAGGUUCCAGAUGAGGAGUUUUCUAAGUGGAAGUUUGCCUUUCUAUCAUUGGGUCGCCCAGAGUAUCUCGAGGAUUCUGAUGUUGUCUCUAGUCGUUUCCAGAGAAGAGAUGUCUAUGGUGCUUGGGAGCAGUACCUUGGGCUAGAACAUGCUGAUACCACUCCCAAGAGAGCAUAUUUGGCAAACCAAGGAAGCUAA